AUGUUCCCCUCCCUUAAUUCAAUCAAGAAACCAAAAAAGAGUUUCAAUCUAUUACAUCUUGAGACACAAGAGUAAUAUUUUCUCUCUCUCAAAGUGGCACUAAUACCAAGUGCAAAAAGUGAUGAGUAACAUAUUUUUAUAUUCAAUCUAAAUUCAGAAUUCGAGGAAAAUUGCAUCUAUGUUCUCGUUCAUUAGUUUUUGAGCCUAAAUCAUCAUAGUUGCCCCUUAUGAAAAUGAAAUACAGCAAUGGACUCUUUAUGAAAGUACUCAAAAAUUUCGAACCAAAAUCACUUAGUCUUCUACUGAGUAUUCGUUGGGGUUAUCAAUUAUUGCAAGAGGAUAUUGAUCAACUCGAUUUAGCAUCAAUUUUAAAUUAAUAAAAAGGAGAAUAAGUUUCUACUAUUAUUGAUUACUAAAUUAGAAAUCGAAUGAACUUUUAGAAAAGCUUUACAAUAGAUAACGAAAGAACAUGAUAUAAUUAGCAUGCAAUUGCUUCUUCAUUAAGGUCGAUAAAUUGUUUAUUGUGAAUCGUAAUCCAAUAAGUCCAUACAUCACUGAAAUUGUAUAAAUACUUAAUUCUCUGUUUAGUGCGAUGACAACAUUGUGUUCACCAUAUCCAAAUCUAAUUCUAAAUAAAUUCUUAUACGCUUUCUUAAAUUAUACUAAGGAAUUAAUUAAGCUGAAGAUGAAUUUACAUUCAUUAAUCAAACUAUCUAACAAACAUUAAAUGACAGUCUUCUUGAACAUAAAUCAAAUUUAGGAUCUGAAGGUCAUAAAAUAGAAUUUGUCUAUAAAGGUAUAUUCAAAUUAUAUUUUAGUAAAACUAAUCAAACCUGAAGGAGUAAUCUUUGGAUUGUUUAGUAUAUAAAAAGAAGAAAUCCUAUAAUUUAUUCCAUUAAUUAAUUCACCCUAAGGUAAAAUCAUGUAAUUUAUGUUUACUGACAUUAAAUAUUUCCUAAAAUAUAGAUAUAUGUUCAAAAAUAAUGGAAUUGAAUUCUGGAUGUAUAAUAAAAAGAGAUCCUAUCUUUUUGUCUUUGAUGAUUCAAAUACUUAAGAAUCUGUGUUCAAAUACUUUUAAAAAAAAGCAUCUAAACAUUGUCUAUCAGCUUUGACUAAAGAAAAAAUUAGUUAGGAAUGGAUAAAUGGUAAUAUGUCUAAUUUUGAUUAUUUGAUGGCCUUAAAUACUCUUGCCAAUAGAAGCUUCAAUGAUCUAUCUGCAUAUCCUGUAUUCCCAUGGAUCAUUGCUGAAUAUAAUGAAAAAGACUUUAAUAUCAAUUAACCCACUUUCUUUAGAGAUUUAUCUAAACCUAUGGGUGCACUCAAUAAACAUAGACUCUAAAAAUAUAAAGUAAUCUCUUUUAAUAUAAUCAUAUAGGCAUUCUACAAAGAUUAAUUAAAAGAUAAAUAAUAGGAUCCUAAACCUUAUUUAUAUCCUACACAUUAUUCAAGUCCUGGAACUGUUGUAUAUUAUAUGAUAAGAAAAAUUCCUGAAUUUGUAAUUAAAUUAUAAAAUGGUGUCUUUGGACCAACAGAUAGAAUAUUUAGAGGUAUUGAUUCUACUUGGUUUACUACUCUCAAUCUUCAUGCUGAUUCAAAAGAACUUAUACCAGAGUAUUUAUUUAUAAAGAUAUAUUUAAUUAGAUUUUAUGGAUUAGAUAGUGAUUUUUUAGUUAAUUGUGACAAAUUAGAAUUAGGAAUAACAUAAGAUGGAGAAGUAAUUGAUGAUGCAGUUAUACCUGCUUGGGCUGAAAAUGCUGUAGAUUUCUUAGCCAAAAUGAGAAUUGCUUUAGAAAGUCCUUAUGUUUAAGUUAAUCUUCCUUAAUGGAUUGAUUUAAUUUUUGGUAGUAAAUCUUCUGGAAAUGAAGCAUUAUUAAAUGAUAAUUUAUUUUAUCCUUAUACUUAUGCAGAAAAUGUAAAUUGGGAUAAAUGUAAAACUGAUAUUGAAAGAUAAGCAUUAGAAAUCUAAGUAACUGAAUUUGGUUAAGUACCUUUACAAUUAUUUUAAACAGCUCAUCCUUAAAGAAAAUUGAAAAUUUAAGGUAAUAUGAAAUAAUUAGAAGAUGAAAAGAAAGAACUUAAAUAAUUAAAUUAAACUUUAUAAAAUUAAAUUCAAAAAUUAACUUAAUAAAUCUAAUAGACUUAAGAUAAAGAAGUAGUUACAUAAUUGUAAACUCAAUUGGCUGCAUUAUAAUGGGAAAAUGAAAAACUCAAAUUCAAUCUUGAAACUUUUAAAUAAGAAGUUAUGGCAAAUAAAGAGAUUAUAUAAACAUUUAAUUCACAAUUUGAUUAAGAAGAAUUUGAUAAAAAUGGUUUCGAUUUUCUAAAUGAUGAUAGUCUCUUGGAUAGUUCAAAAAAAGCCAAUUAAUGA